AUGCCCUUGUGGAGUCCCAACCAUUUGGCGAUAAACUAUUUCCAAGCAUUCCGAUUGUUCGAUUCCUUCAUCUUCUGUAAGGCCCAAAGGGUGUCCAAGAUUGCUUCAACUGCUCAUUUCCAUUGUCAAACCCACAUAGAUGAUCACCCCCUUCCUCCUCCUCAAACUGCCGAGUCCAUUUGGUUCACCAAGGUCAUAUAUACUCUCUGUUUUCGUCACUCUUCAUCUCUCAGUAUUUUCAACUCUGACUAUUUUCGUAAUAACUUAGACCCUUUGAUUGCUUUUGACGUUAUCAAACACAUAAACUCUUUCUUCAAUAACCCCACCUUAGCUUUCAAAUUCUUUCAAGUGACUAGAGAAAAUUUGAAUCUCGUUCAUUCUUUUGGGACUUAUAAUGUGCUUUUGAGGUCACUCUGUCAAAUGAGACUUCACGAUGCCGCUAAAUUAGUAUAUGGUUACGUGAAAAUUGAUGGAUAUUUACCUGAAAUGUCAAUUUUAGGGUUUUUGGUAUCGUCCUUUGCCAAUGUAGGCAAGUUUGAUAUUGCAAAAGAAUUAUUGAUCGAUCAAGCCGAGGUUAGCAAUGGCGAAGUGGGGAUAAUAAGUUCUUACGUGUACAAUGAUUUGUUGAAUUUGUUGGUGAAGCAAAACCGGGUAGAGGAGGCUGUUGGAUUUUUUCGAGACCAUAUUUUGAGAUUAAGGAGUUUUUGUCCUGAUACUUGGAGUUUUAACAUUGUUAUUCGAGGUCUGUGCAGGGUAGGAGACGUUAAUAAGGCUUUUAAGUUUUUGGAUGAUAUGAGGAGAUUUGGUUGUAUGCCUGAUCUUGUUACAUGCAAUACUCUAACUAAUGGAUUGUGCAGAAUUGGAAAUGUGGAUAGGGGGCAUGCGUUUUUGAGAGAAGUCAAGUCACAAUUUGGGCUUUCACCGGAUGUUGUGACUUAUACAUCUGUAAUAUCGGGGUACUGCAAGUUGGGUAAGAUGGAGGAGGCUUUGAAUCUUUUUGAUGAUAUGUUUAGUUUCGGAAUAAAGCCCAGUUUGGUUACUUUUAACAUUCUUAUUGAUGGGUUUGGUAAGACUAGCGACAUAGUCUCAGCUUUGAAUAUAUACGAGAGGCUGCUUACGACUGGUUGUUGCCCUGAUGUUAUUACAUUCACGUCUCUAAUCGAUGGUUAUUGUCGGACUGGGCAGGUGGACCAGGGUUUGAAGCUUUGGGGUGAAAUAAACGCAAGAAACUUAUCUCCUAAUGCAUAUACUUUCUCCGUUCUUAUUAAUGCUUUGUGCAAGGAGAACAGACUAAAUGAGGCUCGUGAUCUCUUGAGGCUGUUAAGAUGGAGGACGGAUAUUGUCCCACAUCCAUUUAUCUACAACCCUGUGAUUGAUGGCUUUUGUAAGUCUGGUAAUGUAGAUGAGGCAAAUGUGAUUGUUACAGAGAUGGAGGAGAAAAGGUGCAGUCCUGAUAAACUGACAUUCACAAUUCUCAUUUUGGGGCACUGUAUGAAAGGAAGAAUGUUUGAUGCAAUAAGCAUCUUUAAUAAGAUGUUGUCGGUUGGUUGUGCCCCAGAUAACAUUACUGUAAAUUGUUUGAUAUCUUGCCUUUUGAAGGCUGGGAUGCCUAAUGAAGCCUUUAGGAUAAAGCAAACUACAUCGGAGGACUUGAAUUGGGGCAUGUCAUCCUUAAGUAGAACUAUUCCAUUUAGGGCAAAUGUGGAUGUCCCAGUGGCUGCUUGA